AUGCAAAUCUACCCGACUGGCGAGGCUGCGUUCGUGCACUCGCCGACGGACGAUAAGCUGUUCCGUCUCGACUCGACCGAACGCUUCCGGGUGCGGUGGGCUGGCGGCCGCUUCCCAAGCGCGGCAGACUCCAGCUGCGCCGUCGCCGGCUGCGAGGUGCACGACACCAGCUGCGUGUGCAGCACGUCGGUCGAGGAGGGUGCUGCCUUCGCAGCCGGAUCGAGCAUGCCGACCAAAGAGGAGGCGCUCGAGCGGCUGCGGAUAGGCUCGCUCGCCCCCUCGCAGCUGGGAGGCACCUUCAGCGAGUGCACCGCCGCCGAGUGCACCUCGAGCCCCGGCGUCACGCUGUAUCUUCAGGGUGGCGGCGGCAGCCUGGCCAGCCUCGACGAGGCGUCGGUCUGGGCAAUCGCGGCCAACAAGAGCCGCGUGAUCUACUUCGCUAACCUCGUCUCGCGCGUGCUUGUCGGGACCAGCGGCGAGUACAGCUUCCGAAACGCGCCCGUCUUUCAGAGCUGGCAGCCGAGCUCUGACACCAGGACGAAGGGCGUCUCGCGGCGGGAUGUCGCCUACGAGACGGUCGCGCUCCUAGACCAUUUGAGCUACCACUCCUCAACUGCACCAUUUGUCUGCUACCGGCUCAUCCAGCGCCUCACCACCUCCAACCCUUCACCGCGCUACACGGGGGUCUGUUCGGAGGCGUUCGUCAACGGCGAGUACGGCGACGAGGUGCACAGUGGGGGGAACGGUGACUUGGCCGCUGCCGUAUCGUCAAUUUUGCUGGACCGUGAGGCGCGCUCGGCGGUGCUCGACGCAGACCCGAGCUUUGGGAAGCUGCGCGAGCCGCUGCUCAAGGUGGUUGCCACGCUGCGCUCGCUCGAGAUUGCGUUGGAUCAGCCCGACCGGCAGGUGCUGCUCAACGAGAUGGACCAGCGCAUUGGGCAGGCGCCACACAAGUCGCCUUCGGUCUUCAACUACUACACGCCCUUCUUCGCGACUGGAAGAGCGCAGGAGGCGGGCCUCGUCGCCCCCGAGGCUCAGAUCAUGACGUCGCCCUACCUCGUGUCCUGGGUGAAUGGGAUGCUCUCGCUCGCACGCUACGGCCUCACCUCCUGCCACAAAGGCUUUGGCAACCAGAACGACCACAUGUGCGCGAGCACGGAAAGUUCCAUCGAGACGGCUGACGCCGCGCUAGCCUUCGCUCCAUCGAACCCGUUGGACGCUGAGGCGACCAUCGGUGAGCUCGACUUGGUUCUGACGGAGGGGCGCCUGAGCCCCGCCGCGCGCGAGUACAUCGUUCAGGCCUACGCCCUGCGGCUCGCGAGAGCCAUCAUUAUGCUCUACAUGAAUGGAGGUUGCGAUUCGUACAACGUGCUCGUGCCCCACUCGGGCUGUGAGGCGCACCCGACCCACUCGGACCUGUACGCCGAGUAUUUGUCCAUGCGUCGCAUCGUUGGCAUCCAGAAGAACAAGCUUUUGCAGAUCGACGUGCCAGAGGGCACGCAGCCGUGCACCAAGUUUGGCCUGCAUCCAAACCUUCUCAUCGCCCAGGAGCUCUAUCACGACGGCGAUCUGGCCUUGAUUGCCAAUGUGGGCUCGCUUUACGAGCCGAUGACGCUGGCCGAGCAUAAGUCAAAGGCCAAGAAAAGGCCCAAGUCGCUCUUCUCGCACAACGACCAGACGGCUAUAGCCUUUACGUUGGAUGCCUUGCUCUCUGGGGACCACACCGGCACCCUCGGCAGGAUGAUCGAGGCGCUGCGAAAGCGGCGCGAGGACCCCUUUGACGUCCAGGCCUACUCCAUCUCGGGACAGGCGCUCAUGCUCGAGACCGUCGAGACAAAGCCGUACAUUCUCGCGGGCGGCGACCCGCAAGGCGUCGAGAUGAUGACAGACGACGACUAUUACACCCCUCACCUACAUGCGCUCACCGCUAACCACACGUCGUCGAUCGUCGGCGAGACGGUCACGGUGGCCCUGCGUGGAGCCUUCGAAACAGCGGCCUCUCUCUCCGAGCAGAUCGGCUCCGUGGUCCUGGAGAACAGCUUUGCGGACGACAAGCUCAGCGGCCAGGCCGAGCAGGUGGCGCGUGUGCUCCGCUCGAUGGUGGAACACCCCGAGUUCGCCAAAGAGCGCGCGGCCUUCUACAUUGAGGAGGGGUCCUUUGACGCGCACAAUUCGGGCGAAAUCACCGACGAGCACCUACUGAACGUCAACACGGCGCUCACCUCCCUGAUUGCCGAGAUCAAGACGCUCGGCCUCUGGAAUAAUGUCAUCAUCGUGACCGCGAGUGACUUUGGGAGGACAAUGACGGACAACGGGCGAGGCACCGACCAUGCCUGGGCGGGCAACCACUUUGUGACCGGCGGGCUGGUCACCGGCGGGCAGGUGCUCGGCCGCUACCCGUCGGUGCUCGACGAGCCGCUCUCCGAGGUGAACGUGGGGCGAGGCCGCUUCAUGCCAACCACUUCAUGGGAGGGCAUGUGGUACGGCAUCGCCCAGUGGUUUGGCGUGGACGAGGAGGAGAUGCGCGAUGUCAUGCCAAACGUGGUCAACUUCCAGCCGGCGGAUCUGAUCCCGAUGAGCGUCCUCUUCGAUGAGGAGCCACCCUCGGCGCCUGCUCCGCCGCCGGAUUCGCCCAAAUCACCGCCCCCGCCACCUGUUGGCCCUUGCGAGGACCUCACGGAGGACAGGAUAUGCAAGGGGGACAGCUUCGCCAACCUGACGGCCCACACCUCCUUCGACGGCACCACCGCCAGCUGCCAAGCGGCGUGCGACGCCUUCUCGAGGGCAGAGAAGCAAGCCGGCUGCUGCAACUGGCGCGAAGCCUACACAAGCAGGGGCACCAUGCUCCCCAACGAGUGCUUCUUCCACUUUGUCGUAAGUCCAAAGAAUACAAAAGCCCAACGCAAGUCGUACGCCUCGGCGUGCUGUCCGCGUCUCAGCUCCGGCCGCUGCGCCAACCUUGACACUUUCGCGGUGCUCGAGUGUUCGCUGCUCCGUCACAUGGGCUGUGACUGCGACGGCUGCUGCUCCAACUCCACGGCGGCGGGAGUGCAGUGCGCAGAGGGCACCGAGUGGUCCGAGCCCGACGCCGCAUGCGUAAUAUCGUGCCCUAGCGACGCAAGCCGCUCUCUGGAGGAGGCCGCGCGCGAGUACCGUGCCGGGGAACCGCUUUUUCGGCUUCCGGCGCCCCCUUCAAGUGAGGGUGGGGGCGUCGGAUCGUCCACCCUCGCCCGAUUGCAGCACGGCCGCCGCCUCCUCGAGCCAUGUCAGGACGCAGCCGUCGCCGAGCGCUGCGGCGCUGCGCCACCACCGAUCUCACCCCCGCCCUCAACCCCAACGUCAACCUGCUCGGACGAAGCGGCCAUGCGCCUUGUGCGCGACGCUGUCGAGGGGACCCUGGUCAUCUACGUCGACUGCUACACGCCCGGCUUGGGCGCGGGAAGCAUGAUUGCGAUGCCCGGCCACACCGACCCGUACGAAGUCGAGCGUCUCGGCUUGCCGUCUCGCCAGCGUCGCUUAGCGGACGGUCUGCCCAUCACGCUCGCGACGCCGCUGACGGCCAGCACAAACGCUGGCGCCGCGAUCGCCAUACUAGCUCCACCGCCCUCCCCGUCCCUGCCUCCCGUCGCCGGCUCCGAGAAGGACCCGCACCUCCACUUUGCUCACGGCGGGACCGCUGACUUUCGCGGGCGGGACGGCGCGUACUACAACUUCUUCUCGGCGCCAGGCUUUUCCGUCAACGUCAAGACGGAAGAUGCCACGUUCCGACUUCACGGUGGCAAGCUGACGGUCGACGGCUCCUUCAUCACCGAGGUUCACGUCGUUGCGCGAGUCGGCGGGGCCAAGCGCAAGUGGGCCAACGCCUCGUGCUGGGCCGCCGAGUUCAACGAGUUCAACACCGGCUGGAAGUUAGUCAACGGGACCUGCGGGGGGGCUGGCGGCCACAGCCAGUACGCGUUUGGCCUGAUGGGCUUGAAGAUUUGCGAAGAGCUCACGAUCCGAGUCGCGUACUCGCACGUGACGUUCAGCAUCCCGGGGUGGACUGUCAAGGCGCGCGGAAACCACGUGUUCGACCGAAUCCGAGGACCCGCGCACCGUCUCGACCUCUCCUUCAUCGCCCGGGGCGACGCGCCAGCGCGCAGCUUGCCACACGGGCUGAUUGGCCAGUCCUACUCCACGCCGGGCAUGCGCGAAGGUGCGGUGGAUGCGUAUCCCGCACACGGCCGCAUCGCCACCACCGCGCAGGCAGAGGGCGCCAUCGAAGGGAUUGCGGCCAACUAUGAGGUCGGGUGGGCCCACGCCACCCAUUUUGCCUUUUCUCGCUUUAACGGCGUCGAGGGUGUGUCGGCGGACCUCCCGACGGGAGGAGACGGCCAAUCAGCGUCAGGCGCUUCAGCGGUCGGUCGGUGA